AUGAUUUACUUUUUUGUGCUUGUUUCUUUCUUAUAUCAUCCAUUUCUUUCUUUCUUUCUUUCUUUCUUUCUUUCUUUUUUUAAAUCAUCCAUUUCUCUCUUUCUUUCUUUCUUUCUUUCUUUCUUAUAUCAUUUACUUUUUUGUGUAUUUGUUACUUUCUUAUAUCAUCCAUUUCUUUCUUUCUUAUAUCAUCCAUUUCUUUCUUUCUUUCUUUUUUCUUUCUUAUAUCAUUUACUUUUUUGUGUGUUUGUUUCUUUCUUAUAUCAUCCAUUUCUUUCUUUCUUUCUUUCUUUCUUUCUUUCUUUCUUUCUUUCUUUCUUAUAUCAUCCAUUUCUUUCUUUCUUUUUUCUUUCUUAUAUCAUUUACUUUUUUGUGUGUUUGUUUCUUUCUUAUAUCAUCCAUUUCUUUCUUUCUUUCUUUCUUUCUUUCUUUCUUUCUUUCUUUCUUUCUUUCUUAUAUCAUCCAUUUCUUUCUUUCUUUCUUUCUUUUUUCUUUCUUUCUUUCUUUCUUUCUUUCUUAUAUCAUUUACUUUUUUGUGUGUUUGUUUCUUUCUUAUAUCAUCCAUUUCUUUCUUUCUUUCUUUCUUUUUUCUUUCUUUCUUAUAUCAUCCAUUUCUUUCUUUCUUUCUUUCUUUCUUAUAUCAUUUACUUUUUUGUGUUUGUUUCUUUCUUAUAUCAUCCAUUUCUUUCUUUCUUUCUUUCUUUCUUUCUUUCUUUCUUUCUUUCUUUCUUUCUUAUAUCAUCCAUUUCUUUCUUUCUUUCUUUCUUUCUUUUUUCUUUCUUUCUUAUAUCAUCCAUUUCUUUCUUUCUUUCUUUCUUUCUUUCUUUCUUUCUUUCUUUCUUUCUUAUAUCAUUUACUUUUUUGUGUGUUUGUUUCUUUCUUAUAUCAUCCAUUUCUUUCUUUCUUUCUUUCUUUCUUUCUUUCUUUCUUUCUUUCUUUCUUUCUUUCUUUCUUAUAUCAUCCAUUUCUUUCUUUCUUUCUUUUUUCUUUCUUUCUUAUAUCAUCCAUUUCUUUCUUUCUUUCCUUCUUUCUUUCUUUCCUUCUUUCUUUCUUUCUUUCUUAUAUCAUCCAUUUCUUUCUUUCUUUUUUCUUUCUUAUAUCAUUUACUUUUUUGUGUGUUUGUUUCUUUCUUAUAUCAUCCAUUUCUUUCUUUCUUUCUUUCUUUCUUUCUUUCUUUCUUUCUUUCUUAUAUCAUCCAUUUCUUUCUUUCUUUCUUUUUUCUUUCUUUCUUAUAUCAUCCAUUUCUUUCUUUCUUUCUUUCUUUCUUUCUUUCUUUCUUUCUUUCUUUCUUAUAUCAUUUACUUUUUUGUGUGUUUGUUUCUUUCUUUAUAUCAUCCAUUUCUUUCUUUCUUUCUUUCUUUCUUUCUUUUUCUUUCUUUUUUCUUUCUUUCUUUUCUUAUAAAUCCAUUUCUUUCUUUCUUUUUUUUCUUUCUUAUAUCAUUUACUUUUUUUGUGUUUGUUUUCUUUCUUAUAUCAUCCAUUUCUUUCUUUCUUUCUUUCUUUCUUUCUUUCUUUCUUUCUUUCUUUCUUAUAUCAUCCAUUUCUUUCUUUCUUUCUUUCUUAUAUCAUCCAUUUCUUUCUUUCUUUCUUUCUUUCUUAUAUCAUUUACUUUUUUGUGUGUUUGUUUCUUUCUUAUAUCAUCCAUUUCUUUCUUUCUUUCUUUCUUUCUUAUAUCAUCCAUUUCUUUCUUUCUUUCUUUCUUUCUUUCUUUUUCUCUUUCUUUCUUAUAUCAUCCAUUUCUUUCUUUCUUUCUUUCUUUCUUAUAUCAUUUACUUUUUUGUGUGUUUGUUUCUUUCUUAUAUCAUCCAUUUCUUUCUUUCUUUCUUUCUUUCUUUUUUCUUUCUUUCUUAUAUCAUCCAUUUCUUUCUUUCUUUCUUUCUUUCUUUCUUAUAUCAUACAUUUCUUUCUUUCUUUCUUUCUUUCUUUCUUCUAUCAUAUAUUUCUUUCUUUCUCUCUUUCUUUCUUUCUUUCUUAUAUGAUUUACUUUUUUGUGUGUUUGUUUCUUUCUUAUAUCAUCCAUUUCUUUCUUUCUUUCUUUCUUUCUUUCUUAUAUUAUCCAUUUCUUUCUUUCUUUCUUUCUUAUAUCAUUUACUUUUUUGUGUGUUUGUUUCUUUCUUAUAUCAUCCAUUUCUUUCUUUCUUUCUUUCUUUCUUUCUUUCUUUCUUUCUUAUAUCAUCCAUUUCUUUCUUUCUUUUUUCUUUCUUAUAUCAUUUACUUUUUUGUGUGUUUGUUUCUUUCUUAUAUCAUCCAUUUCUUUCUUUCUUUCUUUCUUUCUUUCUUUCUUUCUUUCUUUCUUAUAUCAUCCAUUUCUUUCUUUCUUUCUUUCUUUUUUCUUUCUUUCUUAUAUCAUCCAUUUCUUUCUUUCUUUCUUUCUUUCUUAUAUCAUUUACUUUUUUGUGUGCUUGUUUCGUUCUUAUAUCAUUGCUUUCUUUCUUUCUUUCUUUCUUUCUUUCUUUAUUUAUUUCUUUCUUUCUUAAAGAUAUAUGUAUCUAUAUUAAUAAUAAAUAUACAUUUUUCCUCAUCUAUAGCACAAGUGUGUGUUGA